AUGCAGCGCAGCGUGCGUCGGUCGCCCUUGGCGGCUGCGGCCGCGCGCCCCGCUCGCCGCCCCGCGGCUGCGCGGGCCGCGACCGCGCGCCUGGGCAAGCCCGGGCUGCCUCACGGCGCGGUCCGGCCGCGCGGGCUCCAACGACGCGAUGCCCGCGUGUUUGCGUCCUCUGAGGACGCAACGAAGGAGAUGACGCCCCCCAAGCAGGCGAACGGAUCCUCGAGCGGCAGCGGGGGCAAGAGGGAGGGGCCUUCGACGGAUCUCCGGGUCAUCCUGGCGCGCCUGCGCAAGCUCGUGCUCCCGUACUUCACCGAUCCCUCGUCGGCGAAGGAGGCGCGGCUGAAGCUCGCCGGCGUCGUCGCGCUCACGCUGGCGACGACGGGCGUGUCGGUGGCGUUCAACUUCCUCGGCCGCGACUUCUUCAAUGCGCUGUCUACAAAGGACGUGGACAAGUUCUACCACCAGCUCGUGUUGUACCUGGCAGGUUUCGGGGUGGGCAUUCCGGUGUUCGUGUUCAAGGACUACUUCCAGGGCAAGCUCGCGCUCGACUGGCGGCGGUGGGAGACCAACCACCUGUUGGACAAGUACCUAGACGACCGUUCCUAUUACAAGAUCCAACAGAACAACCUGGUCGACAACCCGGACCAGCGGCUGACGUCGGACGUCGCGUCCCUCACCGAGACCUCCCUCGCGCUCUUCCUCGUCCUCCUCAACUCAGUCACCGACCUCGUGUCCUUCUCAUCCAUCCUUUUCUCGAUCUAUCCCCCGCUCUUCGUGGCCCUCAUCGCCUACUCCCUCGGCGGCACCGGCCUCUCGCUCUACCUCGGCCGCCCGCUCGUCGGCCUCAACUUCCUGCAAGAGACCCGCGAGGCCGACCUCCGCUACGGCCUCGUCCGCGUCCGCGAAAACGCCGAGUCCGUCGCCUUUUACGGCGGCGAGCGCGUCGAGGGCGACCUCCUCAAAGCGCGCCUCGGCCGCGCGCUCGACAACCUGCUCAAGCUCCUCGGCACCUCGCGGAACCUCUCGUUCUUCACGUCGUUCUACAAGUACCUCAUCAUCCUCCUCCCCGCGGCAGUCGUCUCUCCUUUGUACUUCCGCGGCGAAAUCGAAUUCGGAGUCAUCAACCAGUCGUCGUCCGCGUUCUCGCACAUCCUGAACGACGUGUCGCUGAUCGUGUACCAGCUCGAGGCGCUCGCGGGCUUCUCGGCCGUGAUUGACCGCCUGGGGGAGUUCACCGAGGCCCUCGACGACGAGGGGGGGGCGUCAAAGAAGGACCCGGACGUCGCGGGCGACGCCGCGUUCAAGGGCGGCGUCUCCGUGAACGAGCACGCCGACGGCGCCACCGGCGACGUCCUGCUCCGCGUCUCGGACCUGAGCCUCGCCGCGCCGGGGCCGCGGGGGGGGGUCUUGAUGAGAGACCUCUCCUUCGAGGUGCAGCGCGACCGCCCGCUGCUCGUCAUGGGACCCUCCGGCGCGGGGAAGACCUCGCUCCUCCGCGCCCUCGCGGGCCUCUGGACGCAGGGCUCCGGCGACGUCGACGUCUACGGAAAGCUCGUUCGCGCGGGGACCGGCGGCGCCGGCGGCGUGAUGUUUGUCCCGCAGAAACCGUACCUCGUCCUCGGCAGCCUGCGCGACCAGCUGCUGUACCCCGUCUGGGACGCCGUGCCCGAGCAGGAGGCCGAGCUGCUCGGCCAGCCGGCCUCGAUCGGCGGCGACGGGGCCGCAGCGGAUGCAGCCGACAGCUUUGCGACGCCUCCGCCGUCGGACGGCGAGCUCGUCGAGGCGCUGCGCGUCGUGGGGCUCGAGAAGCUGAUCGACCGGCACGGCGGCGGCGCGGAGGGCGAGGCUGCCGCGGCGGCCGCGCUCGCCGCCCGGGAGGACUGGAGCAGCAUGCUUUCGUUGGGCGAGCAGCAGAGGCUCGCGUUCGCGCGGAUCAUCCUCGCGCGGCCGAGCCUGGUGCUGAUGGACGAGUCGACGUCGGCGCUGGACCCCGCGAACGAGGCGCGGAUGUACGCGGAGCUGCGGGAGCGUGGCGUGACGUUUGUGUCGGUGGGGCACCGGCCGAGCCUGCGGGACUACCACGCGGACCUGCUGGUGAUCGGCGCGGACAAGACGGACGAGAGCGAGGGCGAGGAGGCGAGCGAGGAGCCCGUCGCGGCCGGCGCCUGGACGCUGUCGAGCCUGUAG